AUGAAGUAUGCAAUCGUAUUCGAACAAUUAUAUUGUUCUUAUGAACUAGAUACUUGCGUCCCGAAAGAGCAAUAUCCUACAGACAUGUAAUAGAAAGUCAUAUUAUCCUAAAUUCUCUUUCUUUUUGUCGUGAGAAAUAUUAAGAAAUAACGAUUUUUCUUUCGCGUUAUAACGCGUAGAAAUAAUAAAUCUUGUUCAAUUAAAAUUCAGCAAGCGACUAAAGCUAUGGAAAUAUAGAAUGUUGGAGUUUUUAUAAUUAAUUCGGGUUACUACUGUCAUGUUUCAUCAUUAGUAGCUAUUUUAGUAAUAAUUUAAUAUUUCAAUGCAUCAGAAAACUAAAUUAUAGAUCUUUUUACAUUUCUAAUUCUAUAUUUUCAAGCAACCAUUGGAGUAAUUAGAGUAAUUAGAGGACAAUGGAAGAAACUAGAGUCAUAGUGACAAAAGAGUCUCUCUUUUUUCAAAUCAAGUGAAUUUCAAUUGUACAUCUACUUACAAAGUGCCGUCAAAGUUCGUUCGCAGCAGCUACGUAGCACAAUUUCCUUGAAAAUCUAUUCUAAUUGAAUUUCAAAGAGGACCUAACCCCGUUCAUCCUUUUAGAACUUACAUUCUACGUGACCGAUUCGAGCUCUUGAAUAGAUUCCUAGACACACAAAUGACGUCAAAGUGAGCAAUUACAUUGGGUAGGCAAAACAGUAGGUUUCGUUUUCUGGUUCCCUGAAUUUACGAUAGACGACUGUUUAACUGUGGCUACGUCUGCAAAGGUUGAAAGGCUAUUCAUCCUAUCGUUUGAUCCGGCUUUUUACAUAGAAUAUUUAACUGUACAAACUUUAGAACUUUUCACAUCUGACCGGUGCUCGUUAGGAUAACGCAAAAUUCAACUUCUGCUACGACUAUAAUUUCUGCUGCUAAAUUUUGUAAAAUUCAACUGUGGAAAGAAACGUUACCAAUCAUAAGAAAUUAUUAUUUUUUUUUUUUUAAUCUUGUAGUAGUACAAGUUAAUGGAAAAAAGAAAAAAGAACGUACGUGUGUCUCUAUUUAUAAUUUACGAGAGUACGAAAUCUACAAAUCACAGUUUCAACUGUCGUCCAUUAUUUAGGUGUUAAAUUGCCGUCAAAAAUCAACCAUGUACAGUUAAAUAAUGUCUAUAUAAAUGUAUAUAGUGGUAAAUUACGGCGGCGCAAUGACUGAGCUGAGGGAAAACAACGUGUGUCGUUCAUGUGUACCAGACUUAACGAAACGUAGGCAACCAUCCAAGCACGAUAAUGAUCCAAUUCUGUUUCGUCCAAUUGGAUUGGUCGGAAGCGGCAAGCGCUCGGCGUUCACCGGCCAAAAGAAGAAAAAGGAAAAGAAAGAAAAAAAGAGGAGAAAGACGCGAACGCGUGAAAACGCCGAAAUGAAUUCCCAUGAUUUACGACUUGGCGACGCGCGAGGCUAUGGAAAAGAUUAUAAGCGUUUCGACACUACUUUCAUUCUCUAUGAGCAGCGCACCGGCAGGCAGGAGAGAAAAGGGUGUCGAGGCUAAUCCAAGCGAGAAGCUCGUCACGACUUUAUGGGCGAAGCUGACUGAGUGGAGAGGCGUCCUUAGCAAGGAAAAAUCGAGGUCGACGGUGAAACCAGUUUCUCCAUCUUCUCGUUCAUUCCUCGCCACUGACUUUUUUCCUUCCCUCCUCCCUCCUCCCUUUCUCACCACUCCUCUAUUUUUCUCCCUCUUUUUUCCAAGCUUAGAAUGCACAGCCAGUUAGGUACGCCUCUUUGCGGUGUCAUCGAAUCCAUCCGUGGCAAAAGUUUCGUACCGUUUCGUUGCGAGACGGGAAGAAAGAGAAAUCGAGUAACGACCUAGACUUAACCAUCUAGCCAAACUAACCCUUCGACUCUUCUUUCUCGCUCCCUGUGUACUCCCUCGCCCUUUAUACUCCCUCAUUUCUCUUUCUCAGUCUUCUCUCUCUCUCUCUCUCUCUCUCUCUCUCUCUCUGUUCGUUCGGCUUUCACCUCCUAUCCGUCCUUCCUUUCUCGCGAAGUCUCAUUCAUUAAGUCUCAAGAACGGUCUCGCAAUCUCUAUAGAGUCGUCGGUAGACGUGUACACGACGUGCCGUUUGUUCUCCACUGAAACUCGAGAUGUCCUCCUCGAAUAACAUGCCCGCGACCGUCACUGCUCCCUCACAAAUAUACUCUCGCCCCCCGAUACACGGUAUACAGACACGAACAUUUCGUCACGAAACAUCCUCGUCAUGGUCCUCAUGGACGAACGAUGUUAAUAAAGUCUUCGUUUCCACGAUAAUGGAAGCUUAGAUACGGUGACCUACGGCCAGUAUACGGCGGAGAAGGCUUGAUGUCUCUUGACCUAAUGAAUGAAUACCCUUUCUUCUCUGUAUCCCUUCCUUCGCUGUUGGUCAAACCAAAUUGAUUUUAACUCGGAUUUGCGACGCGCGCGUAAUUUCCUUUGCCAUUUUCUACGAGUAAAAUGAGAUUAUUUGAGCUGCCUGAGUCCCAUACUAGAAUUUAGAAUCUUGCACUUCGCAUAGAAUAAUCAAGUUUCUCCGAAUCGUUUUUUUUUUUUUUUUUUUUUUUUUUUUAGUCAAAGGGUAUUUUAAAAAUAUCGAUAAGAUAUUUAGUUUCAUUUCUUUAGCCAUGUGUUGCUGAACAUAUAUCAUGAAAAUCGUGACAGCCUAAAGAUAGUCUUUAAACUAUCUGUUUAA